AUGAAGCUUACAGGAGACAACUGUAAACUGAUUUCUGAGCUGGGAGAAAUGCCUUGGAGCAAGAGCCAUGGAGCUCAGUCUGCUGAGGUCCACAGAGUGUGUCGAGACUUUGCUGUUCUGGAAGAUCAUACCUUGGCCCAUAACUUACAGGAGCAAGAGAUUGAGCAUCACUUGGCAACAAACGUUCAGCGUAAUCGACUUGUGCAACACGACUUGCAGGUGGCCAAGCAACUGCAAGAAGAGGAGGAUCUGAAAGCACGUGCUCAAAUCCAGAAACACCGAAAAGACUUGGAACGACAAGACUGUGAGAUCGCUCAGGAAAUCCAAGUGAAGCUGGUAUUUGAAGCGGAGCAGCGCCGCCGGCAAGAGGAAAAAGACGAGGACAUUGCCCGUCUCCUACAACAGAAAGAACUGCAGGAAGAAAAAAAGCGCAAGAAGCAAUACACAGAAUCCCAGGGACACACACUCUAUGAAGACAGCUAUUAUGCAGAAAAUGGAGGUGCCAAGUUGAGGGGGACGAAGCAAGCUGCGUAUGAUACACCCCGAAGGGAACAGGAGUUGUCUGAUGCAGAGAUUGCUCGGAAGCUGCAGGAGGAGGAGCUCCUGGAUAAUGAGGCAGAUCAGAAGGCAGCUCAAGUAGCCCAAGAUGAGGAAAUUGCCCGACUCCUGAUGGCUGAGGAGAAAAAGGCUUUCAAGAAAGGGAAGGAGAGAGAAAAGUCUUCCUUUGAAAAGAGGAGGCAUGAUCAAGACUGGAAGCAUGAUGCAAGCGAGUCCACGCGCUCAAGGUCAAAAGAAGGGCCUGAAACUCAGCGACACAAAGGUGACAGGUCUUCAAGGUCACAGCCUCUCCUUGAUGACUUGGAACACGCUCGGUAUUCCGCAAGCCAGCCCAGCCCUUUGCGCCAGAUCCCCAAACCUGAGCACUCUCCUAAAGGAGACUGGCAAAGCUCCACCACAGAGCUGAGCAGAGGGAAAUGCCCCGUCCCCCGCAGAAAGGAGAGGAGCGAGGGGCAGGGGCGCGGCGCUGCGGAGGCCCUUCAUGCAACGGCCGCUUUGCUAGCUGUCCCCGGGCACGCAGGCACCCCUCUCCCGCGGCAGGACAACCACGCAGUCGCCCUCUCAGCCACGACCAGGUACUGCCAGCCCCCCGCUAUGGCAGCGGUGACCUCUGUGGUGACUACAAACCCCUCGGGAGGCUCUGGUGGAUGCUCAGCCUGUGCCGAGCCGCGCGCUUCUGGCACUGCCCGGCUGCGCCGGCCUGGGCUCGUCCGUGUCCUUGAGGACUCGGCAGCUCUGGCUGCGCGGCACUGGGAGCUGGAGCUGGGGAUGGGGCUGCUUGAAACGGGUGGGAGCAUUAGGAAAGUUCGGCUUCUGCAUCCAGCUGGAGACCACCGGGACUCAGCAAGACGGCACUGGGGACCCUUCAAACGCUGUUCCUCCCCUUGGCCCAUGCUGUCACCUCUUGGUGCUUGUCCAGCAACUCUGGAUAACGUUGGCUAG